GUCUUAUCAUUAUUCACCAAACCAGCAAUACCCCCCUCCGCAGGGUCCUCCACAAGGUGGAUAUUACCCCGGACCUCAGUAUAACGGGCCUCCUCAACAUGGUUACGGUCCUCAUCCUGGCUCAUUUCAGCCUCCUCCUGGCCCUCCUGGCCCUCCUGGUCCUCAUGGUCCUCAUUCAUACAGCCCACAUCCUCCGCCCCAACCUGGAUACGCUCCUUCUGGACCUCCUGGGCCUUCCCCUGGAGGGUAUCAGCCUCAGCAGUAUGGAUAUAACGCCCAAGGUCAAUAUCCACCGCCGCCACACUCCCCCCAGCCCCCACCGCAACACCCUCAGCACUUCCAACCCCCUCCGGGGCCUCCGGGGCCUCCGGGGCCUCCGCACGGAUAUGGGCAAGGAUUUGGCGCUCCUCCCAUGCCUGCCCCUUCGAUGCCUUCCCUAGGUUACGCUCCCGGUCAGGUUGCACCUGGCGAUUUUCGCCGGGAAGCUGACGCCCUCCGCAAAGCAAUGAAGGGUUUCGGUACAGACGAGAAGGCGCUCAUCCAAGUCCUUAGCAAGCUCGAUCCGCUCCAGGUCGCCGCUGUCCGCGCAACAUACUCAUCUCACAUCCGCCGCGACCUUUAUAGCGAUAUCAAGUCCGAAACAAGUAGCUACUUUCGACAGGGUCUGCUGGCUAUCGUCGAUGGCCCACUUAUGCACGAUACCGCGUCAGCACGUGAAGCUGUUCAAGGUAUUGGUACAAAGGAGUGGCUUCUCAACGAUGUUCUUCUCGGUCGCUCAAAUGCGGACCUUAAUGCAAUCAAGCUUUCCUAUGAGCGCACAUACCGCCGCUCUCUCGAACGCGAUGUUGAAGGCGAUCUCUCCUUUAAGACGAAGAGCCUCUUCGCGCACGUCCUCCGCGCCGCACGCCAUGAAGAAAACGCCCCUAUUGACUACCGCACCAUCGAAUCCGAAGCCCAGAACAUACACGGCGCCACAGCGGCACGCAUGGUUAACAAUGCAGACGAAGUAUGCUCUAUCUUCGCACGCAGCUCGAACAACGAACUUCGAGCCCUUAGCCAAGCUUUCUCAGCGCGCUACCAUACUUCACUUGAAGCACAUAUUGAGAAGGAAUUCUCAGGCCACAUGAAGGAUGCACUGCUGCAUAUGCUCCGGACGGCGUUGGACCCUGCUAUGCGUGAUGCUGUGAAUCUGGAAGAAUGCAUGAGGGGCAUGGGGACGAAGGAUGAGAGACUUGUUGUGAGGGUUGUGCGUGUUCAUUGGGACCGCCAACAUUUGGAGAACGUGAAGAGAGCUUAUCAACAUAAGUAUAAGCAGGAUCUUGUGAAAAGGGUGAGAGGUGAAACAAGUGGAGAUUAUCAAAGGUUAUUGGUGGCGAUGUUGGAGUGA